AUGGAGCAGCUAUCAUUCAAGGUCAACGAACUGGAACAUAGGCUAGCAGAAACCAGCAUGGAUGUUCGUGCAGUCAGGGAAGAUGUCCGGGAGAUGCGACGCCUGCUGGAAGCAUUCCUCUCCAACAAAGAAAUGAGUUCUGAGGGAAUCGCCAACACCAACAGACGCCAUCCGGACUGGGCAGAGACAAGUGGGCUUGGCGAUGUUGUUGGGGCUUUAUCGAAGGCUUUGGCUCAGCGUGGACAUAGAGUUAUGGUUGUGGCACCACGUCAUCGUAACUAUGCAGAAGCCCAAGAAACAGGAAUGCACAAGAGAUAUAAGGUGGAUGGGCAGGAUAUGGAGGUAACUUUCUUCCAAGGUUAUAUUGAUGGCAUGGAUUUUGUGUUUAUGGACAGCCCUAUGUUUCGCAAUAUUGAGGAAAAUAUAUAUGGGGGAGGCCGAGAGGAUAUUUUAAAACGCAUGGUUCUCUUCGGUAGGGCUGCUCUUGAGGUUCCCUUCUGUAAGUAUACCCGGUGCGUUCCUAUGAUCCACAACAUAGCACACCGGGGCCGUGGCCCAGUACACGAUUUUUGUUAUGUGGAUCUUACACAAAACUACUUCAAACGAUAUGACCCAGGAGGUGGGGAACACUUCAAUGUCCUUGCAGCUGGCCUGAGUGCAGCAGAUCGUGUAGUCACUGUAAGCCAUGGUUACGCCURGGAGCUGGAAACUAAAGAAGGUGGCUGGGGUCUGCAUCAAAUAAUCCAGCUUUAUGCACUGAGCUACGAGGCAGUCCCUGUUGUUCAUACUGUUGGUGGACUAAGAAAUAGUGUGCAGCCGUUUGAUCCAUUCGCAGAGUUCCAAGCCACGUCUCCUGUAUUGACAUUACACGGGUGA